AUGAGGCUCUCGAUGGGCGAAAAGUGCUGCAGAUCAGUAUCAGGACAUCGGCGGGUUGAAGACGAUGCAAGCAUCUACGGUCGCUCGCCCGAUUCCCUCAAACUGGGAUUAGUAACUCGAGCACCGCCCGUGUGCCCGCCAGCGGGCUUUGAUCUUCCGGACAUCAACCCACUCGACCACCGGAUUGCCUUGGCCCUGGCAAUUGAUGUAUCGCAGGAGCUGUCCCUACUUCAGCUAUUCGAGCCCGAGGUGAACCUGGCCGGCCACCCUCGCGUUUGGGAAGCAGCCCAGAAGCUACGUGACGCGCUACGGCAAGCACAGGAGCGGGAGGCAGUGGCGGAGUAUGAGUGGAAGAAGCAAUGGAACAUGCCGCGCAUGGGGAUGCCUUCGUCCCGGUGGGUAUGA